GGAGCUGGGUAUUACUCUUCAAACGCAGCGACUGUCCACAACCAGAACCUCCCCUCACUCUCUGGACUACCGGUGCAGCCCCCUCACUCAUCACCCCACCAGUCCGCACAGCGACCGUCUUCGUCAGAAGUGGGAGCGCAGAGUCAACCAGGGCCUCAGGGGCCGCCAUAUUCGCUACCUGGCAUAUCGCAAACACUCCAACAACAGCAGCACAUGUCUUCGUCGGAGCAAGUAAACGCAGACAGAGAGCGAGAGCUACGCGAGCGGGAAGCACGGGAACGAGAAAUGAUGGAGUCGCACGCGCUACAACAUGCCGCACAGCAAGAAGACAUUGUAAAACGUGAGGCGGAACAGCGAGAUCGUGAACACCAUGAACGGCAACAACGCGAACAAGCAGCUCUCCAGAACCAUUCUGCUCCGAUACAGAUUCAUCAGCCUGUAGCAGUAGCUCCGUCAACACGGACAAUCCACGGGCCUAACGGUCUGCUUGGACAAUCAGGACCUCUGGGCGGACCAAAUCCACUGGCGCCGCCUAUGGGCGCACAAAAUUCUACUGCGCCUAUAUAUGGCAAUGCGCCUGCUCAGCACGAGCAAACUACGCCGAGGAUGCAGCAUGCUGUGCAACCGCCAUCCCAGGCUCAGAUGUUGAUGCCAUUUGUUGGUCCUCCAGGAGCGAUGGGCAUGGGCCAAGGCCAGCAACCCAUUUUGAACGACGCUUUGAGUUAUCUCGAUCAAGUUAAGGUCCAGUUCGCUGAUCACCCAGAUGUCUACAAUCGAUUCCUGGAUAUAAUGAAAGACUUCAAGAGCGGUGCAAUCGAUACUCCAGGCGUCAUUGAACGUGUGUCGACCCUAUUUGCAGGCAACCCGAAUCUAAUCCAGGGAUUCAACACCUUCUUGCCACCAGGAUAUAAGAUAGAAUGCGGUACAAACGGCGAUCCUAAUGCGAUUAGAGUGACCACGCCUAUGGGUACAAUGGUGUCGACUAUGCCUGCGCCAAGGCCUCUUUCACCACCACGUAGCAAUGCUGUCAACGGCAAUACUGCGCCUCAGCAUGAGGGUACAUACUACGAAACUGCACAGGGUCGACCUUGGCCUCAACAGCAGAGGGCACAAGGACCUGAGGGUCAAGAAAUGUUUUCUCCGAACAACCGCAACCUCGGACAGCCGCUGUACGGGCCACAACAAGGGCAACAGGGUCCCACACAACUUUCACCAGAAGUUACCACACGUCCACUUCCUGACCCUGCGGGUUCAGCUGCCGCGCUUGCUCACCAGCAGGAGCAGAGGGGCGUUUCACAGCUACAAAUCGCUGUCUCUGCCGCCACUGGCCGCUCCAUUUUGUCACCGGGUGGUGAUAUCUCGACUCCUCUUCCCGGUCAAGUAUUGAAUGGGGCUGGCCAGAUUCCUCAAAUGGGUGGGGUCGGUGCUGAGAAACGGGGUCCUGUGGAGUUUAACCAUGCUAUUAGCUAUGUUAACAAGAUCAAGAAUCGAUUUGCGUCACAGCCUGACAUCUACAAGCAAUUCUUGGAGAUCUUGCAAACAUAUCAGCGCGAAUCGAAACCUAUUCAGGACGUGUACGCCCAAGUUACCACUUUGUUCGGCGCUGCACCAGAUCUUUUAGAGGAUUUCAAGCAGUUCCUCCCGGAGUCAGCUGCGCAGCAUAGGGCACAACAACAAGCGGCUAGACAUGCUGCUGAAGACGCGGUCAUGUUGAACAACGUGCGAGGUGAAUCUGGUUAUGGUCAGACGCCAAAUCAGCAAACUCCACGCGCAGAUACAUCUCGGCUACCCCCAAUGGGUAACUUUGCUCCUACGCCUACGGCAAAUCGUGACAACAAGCGCAAGCGGGAGCGACAGGGACCUGUAGCUGCCCCCAUGCCCGCACCAAUGCCUCAGGAACCUCCGACUUCUAAUGUUCGUGGCGGGUUCGGGCAGGGGAAUGCCAACAAGCGCGCCAAAACAGCACACGCGGCAAAGCAGGCGAUUCCAGAUGGCCCACCUGUCUCGCCUACAUUGACACCAGCGCUGCCCGAGCCCAUGCCGCCAACAACGACCACGAGCCCUAGUCAAGACGAACUCGCCUUCUUCGACCGCGUCAAAAAGUUCAUUGGCAACAAAAACACUAUGAACGAAUUCUUGAAGCUCUGCAACCUCUUCUCGCAAGACCUAAUCGACAAGCAGCUGCUCAUUUACCGCGCACAGUCAUUUAUUGGUGGCAACCAAGAACUGUUUGCUUGGUUCAAGAAGUUCAUGGGCGAAGAGGAAGAACAGAAGGCACGCCCUAAGAUCGUCAAUUCACGGGUUUCGUUGUCGAAUUGUCGCAGCCUUGGUCCAAGCUACCGACUCCUCCCCAAGCGGGAGCGCGAACGCGUAUGCAGCGGACGUGACGAACUCUGUCGGUCUGUUCUGAACGAUGAGUGGGCCUCUCACCCGACCUGGGCUUCGGAAGACUCUGGGUUUGUCGCCCAUCGCAAGAACACGUUUGAAGAGGGCCUCCACAGGAUUGAGGAAGAGCGACACGAUUACGACUUUAAUAUAGAAGCAUGCAAUCGCACCAUCCAGCAGCUAGAGCCGAUUGCCAACCAGUUGCUUACAAUGAAGCCUGAGGAUAGGACCAACUUUGUACUACCUCCUGGUCUCGGUGGUCAAAGCGAGACCAUAUACAAGCGUGUCAUUAUGAAGAUAUAUGGUCGUGACAAGGGCAAGGAUGUCAUCAAAGAACUCUUCUCGAUGCCAUGGAGCGUGGUUCCUGUUCUCUUACAUCGGUUGAAAACCAAGCUAGAGGAUUGGAAGGCGGCUCAACGCGAGUGGGAAAAGGUCUGGCGCGACCAGACACAGAAGAUUUUCUGGAAGUCCCUCGAUCACCAGAGCAUUACAGUCAAGCAGGCAGACAAGCGACAGUUUCAGCCCAAGUCGCUCACUAACGAGAUCCAAGUCCGUUAUGAGGAGCAAAAGCGACUUCAGACCAUCCAGGAGAUCCCCCAGCCAGACUACCAAUUUACGUUCUCUUUCAAAGAUGGAGAUGUUCUCUGCGAUGUAGCUCGGCUAAUGCUCACGUUCGCGGAUAACAACAAUGGCGCCGACUUUGCGAAAGUCGUCCCGUUCAUCAAGGAGUUCGUUCCACUGUUCUUCGGCCUCGACGCAAACAAGUUUGAACAGCGAGUGCACACAUCUGGUCGCGAUACGCCAAAUGACUCCGGCGAAGAUACUCCCAGUCCUGAUGAAGAUGUCUCCCAGCGAUCGCAAAAGCCAAAGAAGGGCGAUCUUCGUCGUGACGUCCUUGACCCCCGCAGCAAGUCGCGAAAGGAUAAGGAGGACAGCGUCGCAUCAGCGAGUCGGGACUCCACACCAGAGAUUGCUUCAGGAAUUGAAGACGAGGGAGCCGGCGACAGCUCAAAUUCGAAUCCUCGGGAUGAACGACCCUCAGGCCACUGGGUGGAGUACUCUGCUUUUCCAACUGCGUUUGACGACAAAGAAUUCGAACAUGAGGAAGCUUAUCGGCGCACUGAGUACAACAUGUACGCGAAUGCUUCUAUCUACUGCUUCUUCCGUAUGUUCGUUUUGCUGUAUGAGAGGCUGUUGAAGCUCAAGGAGAGUGAGGAGGAAGUUCGAAAGAUCAUUAUGCGUGCCAAGGAGCCCAAGGCGGCGCAGAGGCUGAAGAUGUUGGACAAGCAGCCCGAGGACUUCUUCAAAGACACUUCACCGUCUGCGAACUACUACCAGCAGGUCCUUGACAUGUUCCAGGAUCAAAUCACUGGCGAGGUGGACAUGAACUUCAUUGAGGAGACAUUGCGCCGUUAUUACCUGCAGAUUGGCUGGCAGCUGUACUCAUUCGACAGGCUGCUCAGUUCGCUUGUGCGAUUCGCGCUUGCUGUCGUGAGCCAUGAUAACAAGGAUAAGAGCCUUGAUAUCUGGAAUCUCUUCAGGAAGGAUCGCGUUAACGACACAACUACACAUAAGAGCGAGAUUAGCUAUAGGAAAGCAGUCGAGAAGUAUGCUAAGGACGCUGAUACAUACCGUAUCACUUGCGAUCCCGUUAAGAGCAGAGCAUUUGUGCGACUCUUCAAGAAAGAUGACCCAACCUUCGAGUUCAAUACUCUCGACCGCGUCAAGCGCUGGCGCGCAUACGUCGCCUCGUACAUGGCCGUCGAGCCCACUGAAGAGGUCGACCGAUCUCGCGUUCACUACCCCUGCCUCAAGAAGCGCCUCGCGACAACCUCAGACCCCUCUGAAGAUGACCGCUUCGAGCACGUCAAGUACAGCGACAAAAUCACCGUUUCCAUCAGCCCCGCUGCCUACGUCAUGACGUUCAUCAAUAGCGAGCCAUUUGGUAACGGCGGUGUGCAAUACUUUUUGCAACCGGAUGCCGUACGUGCGGGACUGAGUGAGCGCACGCCGAAGCCAAACGAGGAGUACAAGAAGCUCAACGAUGAGAGGAGGGAGAGGGUGCAGGAGAUUCUGUGCAGGAAUAAUAGCUGGAUGAAAGAUCUGAGUCGUGAUGAUGUCGAUGCGAAGAAGGCGGCGUUUAAAAAGGAUAUCGAGGAGCCGAGGAAGGUUGACGAUAAUGAGGAUGUGGAGAUGGAGGAGGCCUAACCUGGGACUUC